AUGGGCUACGUAAAAUUCGAGUUGAAUCUUCAAUCAGCUAGCAAUCUUCAAAACAUACGACGACUAUUUGGGAGGAUGAAAGUUUACGCAAGGGUUACAGUUAACGACGACGGCAGUACACUGGUUAAAACUCCGGUCGACAAGACCGGCGGUACUAAUCCUGUAUGGGAAUUUCAGGCCAAGUACAUCAUAAACAAAUCGGCCUUCCGUCCGCAAGAUGACACCAUGCUUACCAUCAGGUUAUAUUAUAAGCGGUCUCGCGGCGGCGAUGGGUAUAUCGGUGAGGUUAGGGUUCCGCUGAAGGAACUUUUUCAACGUUCAAAUCAAGGUCGUGAUGAAGUAUUUGAGACGCGCGUUGUUGCAGAUCCAAUGCAACUACUUAACUUUUCAUAUAAGUUUACAAGGAUGACCAACACACAGACUACGGGUUGUGACUGGAUGAUGAGAUUGUGCAAAUUGUGCAAAUUUUACUUGCGACUGCGAUUUAGGUCGGUACUCGUAGUCCUUGUUGUGAACUUAAGCAAUACCAAAGACUUACGACGACUAUUUGGCAAGAUGAAAGUCUACGCAAGGGUUAAAGUUAAAGACGACGCCAAUACAGUGGCUGAAAAUCCGGUCGACAUGAACGGCAAAACAAAUCCUGUCUGGAACUUUCGAGCCAAAUACAUCUUAAGCAAAUCGGCCGUCCAGCGAGAUGGCACCAUGCUUACUGUCAAGUUAUACUAUCGGCGGUCUUUCGGCCGCGAUGGGUACAUCGGCGAGGUCCGUGUUUUUAUUGUGAAAACUAUUGGGAUGAAAAAUACACAAUGA